AUGAUGACACAAUUGACAACCAGUUAUGGCUCACCGAAAAUCCAGGCCAACAAUAAGAUCAUUUUGCCGAAGAAUAUUGUCCUCAGACACUGUUCGCCGAGCACUUCGUACGCCCUCUCGUUGGACACCGGGUUCUCGGAGUCGAUGCCAAUGACGACAACCCGACGGCCACUCACUAUCAUCUUCUCGUGGAUGUUAGCGAAGGACAAACACGUAGAGAAAUACAGACAAUUGUGGUAUAAGAGAGGCUUUGAUGUGUUGACAGUGAGGACAUCACCUUUUGAUCUGUUGGUGCCUCCGCUCGGCGGUCAAGUGGUGGCCAAGAAUUUAGCCCAAACUUUGUCACAACUGAACGCUCAGUACAACGAGAUAGUGAUCCACGCAUUCUCCGUCGGCGGCUAUCAGUUUGGUCUGACUCUGAAUGAGUUAAUCCAAUCGCAACAGAAUCAGCACAUCUUGGACUCAAUUAAAGGCAUUGUAAUCGAUUCCAUGGUAUUCACCGAAGACUGCGCGCCCGGACUGUCUCGAGCGGUCACUUUGAAUCCAGUGGUGCAGCCGAUGAUUGAGUCCACGAUUCAUGUCUUUCUUAAGCUGUUUAAAAAUACUGUCAAAUAUUACGACACGGCUUACUAUAUGAUCGCUAAUCCG